AUGACAAAGAUUGUAAUUGUUGGUGCUGGAAUUGUUGGAUUCUAUACCGCUUUCUGCUUGUUAGAACGUGGAGUCGAUGCCAGAGAUAUAACUAUAGUUGCCGAGUACUUGCCGGGGGACGAAUCGGUCAAGUACACCUCUCCUUACGCUGGUGGGAAUUUCUCAUGCAUAACUGGUGACGAUCCCGAUGUGUUGGAGUAUGACCGAUUGACGUAUACUAAUUUGGCAAAAGUGCAAAAAGCCAUUGGUGGAAAGACUAAAGGGUUGGAUAGGUACAAAUCAACUGAAAUUUGGGAUUUCAACUUGGCUAAAUGUAAAAUCGAUUCAUUAAAGAGUUAUUUACAGGAGUACCAUGAGAUUGACAAGAGUCAAUUGCCGUCUGGUGCUGCAUUUGGCAUUACUUUUCUAUCAUGGAACUUCAACUGUCCUAAAUUCUUGAUGAAUUUUAAAAUUUACUUGGAACAACAAGGAGUCCAAGUUGUUAGAAAACAUUUGGGUCAUAUCGUACAAGCAUAUGGUCCUGACACUAAGCUUGUGUUUAAUUGUACUGGAUUAGGUGCUAGAUCGUUGGGCGGGGUUGAAGAUAAAAACAUGUAUCCAGCUAGAGGUCAAGUUGUUGUUAUCAAGGCGCCCCACAUCAUGGAGAAUGUUAUGCGUUGGGGUAAUGAAGAACCAACGUAUAUAAUCAAAAGACCCUAUUCACACGAUCAAUUGAUUUUGGGAGGUUUUUACCAAAGGGGCGAUUGGACUUCCGAUACAUUGAAAGAGCAAAGUGAUGACGUGUUGCAGAGAACAACCCAAUUGUUUCCCAAGAUUUUAACUGAUAAUCCUCAUGGAAACAAGAUUGAGGAUUUGGAGGUUAUUAGAGUAGUUGCUGGGUUGAGGCCAGGAAGACAUGGUGGAACAAGGAUUGAAAAGGAAAAAUUUGAUGAGGGGAAGGUACUUGUGCAUAAUUAUGGCGCUGGGGGGUAUGGAUAUCAAGCAGGGUUAGGUAUGGCUUAUAAAGCUGUACAAUUGGCCUUGAAUGGUGCUAAAUUGUAA